AUGGCUGCCCCGAGCCCCCAAGACGCUCUCAUCCGCGAGAUGAGAGAACAGAUUGCGGCCUUAACGGCCCGUCUAAAUGAACGCUCUCCGUCUGUUGAAUCAAAUCGACAGCACCGGGAGCCCUCGACUGCUUUUGCCGGCCCAAAUGGCCCGGCCUUCCGACCAACAGGCAAAGCUGCCUGGCCUAUUUUUGCCCCCUUCCCAGAGGGCAAGAACCCCGAGUACAGCGACGCCGCCAAAUCGCGCAUCAAGGUCUCCGCGACGUUCUCAGGGAAGAAGGACGAGUUCCAUUCCUUCAUCCUGAGCAUAAAGAACAAAUUUGACGAAGACGUGCGAACCUUCCGGACUGAGAACAGCCGGAUGUCCGCCUAUGGCAAUCCGAAUGAGCUUUCCGAGGCUCUUGACCGCCUGCAACGCCUCCAGUUUACCGUGAAUGGGAAGACCGACAUUGUGGACUUUCUUGCGGAAUUUGACUACUUAACUGCGACCGGUCGUGUGCCCGAGGACCAGAUGAAGCAUACCCUGUGGCAGCACAUCCCGGCCAACCUAGAUAACAGCCUCUUGACCAAGACCCGCGACGAGUCCGUGACCUACGAGGUUUUCUACUGCUCCGACUACCGCCAAGACUCCGAACAAGACCGGCUCGACCCUAUCACCUCGCGUGAUGCUGGCAGAGCCUUGACCGACGAUGAGAAAAGGGUCCAUUGGGAUAAUGGCACCUGCUUUAUUUGUGGAAAACAGGGCACCUCUCGCGAGUGUCCCGACCGCACCCAUGCUGUCUCCCGUGUCGCCUCCGUCCCUGUCCCUGCCAACGACUCUGAUCAAGAUUCGGGAAACGAAUAG